AUUCGUGUCGGUAUCAGCGCGCGAAGCGGAUCGCCUUGCGGUUGUGGUCGUGCGUACUAUGUACGAUACUUUAAAUAAUUCUAUACGUAUAUUAUAAUUUCGUUCGGUUGUUUCGUGAGAUGUCGAAGGACGGCUCGAGGUUCAGCAGGCUGGGUGUAUUGGCCCCAGCCGCACUGUCGGCAUGCAUGGACGCCUCGGUUUUAGCGGUACCGGCAGCUGGCGCUAUCGUUUCCACCGUACUCAAAGAACUCAGCAAAGCAUUUAUGCUAAAAAAAUGGUUUCACGGGACCAUGUCGGCUAAGGAGGCGGAAAGCUUGAUCAUGCAAAAGGGCAAGAAUGGCUCUUUCUUAGUACGAGAGUCGCUUGCGCACCCCGGGGAGUUUGUUCUGUCGGUGCGCGUGCGCGGCCGAGUCAGCCACGUCAUGAUUAGAAAACAGCACAACAAGUACGACGUCGGCAGCGGUGAGCAGUUCGACGAUCUUGUGGGUUUGAUCGAACACUUCCGAUCCUAUCCCAUGAUCGAGACGUCAGGUGACGUGUUGAGGCUGCUGCAGCCCGUCAGUGGGACCCGCCUCCGUACACAUGACCUGGAAAAAAAAGUACAAGAGAUGCAGGAGGUUAAUGAUUGUCAAAAGUUGGAACACAAAGCUGGCUUCGAUAGCGAGUUCCUUAAAUUGAAAAUCCUUGAAGAGAGACACGUGUUCACCACCAACGAGGGCCUACGACCAGAAAACAUGCACAAAAACAGAUACAGGAACAUAUUGCCGUAUGAUCAGACUCGUGUUAUACUUCGGCAACGAGACAAAGAAGAUUCAGACUAUAUAAACGCGAAUUACAUCCGACCCCCUCGGCUGUACGACUCCAGCAGCUCGGUGCAAUCCUCAAACGAAAGUCUUAACAGUGUCCAUUCUCUAAUUCUUCGGAGUGAGUCGAAGAAAAUAACACCGCUGGUCUCUAAGUCCCUCUCCGACGAUGCACUUCGGGAGGUGAAGAUGAGCAUAAAAAUGGACAAAAUUAAUGGAAAUUUAGUUAGUGAUCUAGUUAAAGACAAAAUAUAUAUAGCAGCGCAAGGUUGUCUUUCAAACACAAAGGACGACUUUUGGCGUAUGAUAUGGCAAGAAGACGUAAGAAUAAUUGUAAUGAUCACUAAUGAAUCGGAAAAAGGCAAGAAAAAAUGCGAACGUUACUGGCCAGUGGUAGGUCAAGAGGAGAGAUUCAAAGGACUGUUAGUGAGAACCGCAUCGGAAACUUUAUAUGAGGACUACCUGCUCAGAGAGUUGGAUGUCACCGACCAGAAUUGCUGUCGGACCCUCUAUCAGUACCAGUUUACGGCAUGGUCUGACCACGGUACACCUACGGAACCAGAUGGCGUCCUAAAUUUCAUAUAUGAUAUUAACAGAAGAAUGUCACAGAUAAAACAAGAUAAAAAUCCACCAGAACAGAAUACGCUGUGCGUACAUUGCUCUGCUGGAGUGGGAAGAACUGGUACGUUCAUCGUACUCGACAUGCUUAUUGACAAAAUCAAAACAUCUGGCUUCAACUGUGACAUCGAUGUACAUAGCACAGUGAAGGCAGUGCGUGCGCAGCGUGCCGGUAUGGUGCAGAAUAAGGAGCAGUACCGGUUCAUUUACCUCGCUCUUCAAGAGUAUAUCGAUAAUAACAAUCUUAAGUUGAAGAAGAAGGUAUAUACUUCGGAUGCAUAAUAAGACUUCGUGCCGGCUAACCAAAGUGCAAAAGAGACUGGAUUUAUCAUAAUAAUAAAGGAUUUUUUCUGUUGUUGACACUAUAUUUAAUAACAGUUACAGUAUAGUUGUAAGGAUAUUGUAUUAAGUACUCAAAAAGAUAUUUUUUACUCAUUUUCGUCCAAUGUAAUGCUGAGUCACUGAUUUUCAUCGUUAUUGUGUUAGUGCCUAAGUUAAUAAUAAAUAUCUAAAAUAUC